UAUGUCUCGCGGUUUCCUUGAAGUUUCAAGGGGUAUCCCAGAGGCAUUCGAACAUAUCAGAUAUAAGGCCCCGGAAAGAAUAAUAAACUCGUCUUAUAAAUAUGACUCUAAGUGUGAAAUUUUUAGUUUCGGUAUGUUGCUUUGGGAAAUUGCUGAAGAAAAAUUGCCAUUUUUUAAUGUCGAAAAUACCGAAAUAAAAAACAAAAUAUUGGAAAAUCCGAUUUCUCUUUCAUUUGAAAGAGGCGUUCCUGAAAAAUGGAAGAAACUUGUUUUUAAAGCUAUCGAUCAUGAUCCGAGUGAACGUCCCGAUUUCAAAAAAAUGCUCAUGAAACUUAGAAACCUAACCCAAGAGAAAAAAGCUGCCAAGGACUCAAAAACCACUUUAGUAUCCGCCGCUCAAAAAUCAUACAUCAGAAAUGUAAUGUCCUUGGAGAUUGCAGUCGAACAACACAACCGAAAGGGUGGUAGAAAAUACGAGGCUUGGAAAUCAUUCGAAUUUUAUGCUAAAUUGGGCGAAACAACAGCAAAAUUCUACAAGGCGUACUAUCUCUUAAACGGUCUCCUCCCUUUUCCUUAUAAGACCAAGGAUCGACUUGAACGGGCUAUAAAAUUGCUCGAGGAA